UUGAACGUUGAAACCACAACAAGCAGCGCAGAACCGGGAUACGGACGAUGGGUCAGAUUGGGCCUCGAAGACGGUCAGAGCCGCAGACGGAACCAAGCGACAGUGAGUGGCUUCGCGGUUCCAAACAGCUAGAUGCUAACGCUCUGCAGAGGUUCGGUACUUCGCUCCGCAGCCUGGUGCUCAGAGCAGCGUUUGGAGCCUUCAGCGGCACAGCGCUGUACCUGGGCAUCAUCCACAACCUCCCACCGAGCCUCAGCCUGACGUCAGCGGCAGGAGUUGUGUUUGUUGCGGUGUGUGCUGUGGCUGGAGCCUGGUCCUCCUCCUUCAGGUGUUCGCUCCUCCUCAUGUUCCCCAGCAUGCUGGGUUCGCGAGGCCACGCGUACCUCAUGGUGUUCACCCUGUCCGUGUUGUACAAAGGUCCGAUUUCUAACAUGCAUCAGAACAUUGAGGAAGCUGCUUUGUCUCUGAGCUGUAACCUGGACCUGCAGGUAAAUAACAGCAAGUUACUGUGGAGAGACGCUGUCAGACCAUUUAUCGCCAUCACACAGGAGCUCAUGGACAGUAAAGCAGAGUUUGAAUCAGAGAUUUUAAACAUCAGCAGAAGGUUUCAGUCAAUUAGAGAUGAAAUGGUCUUUCAGUACGGACACAGUCACUUCAAGAAUCAAAGCAGCGCUGACUCGGGUAACAGCACACAGCAACAGUUCACUGCAAAGAGCAGGAUGCAGUGCAACGAUGUGGUGGAGGACGGGGUGCAGCGCUGCGCUGACUGGUUCGCACUCCGAUGGAAGGAGUGUAUGGAGGUGGUACCUGUCCCUGUCAUCAGCCACAUGGUCUGUGUCUCCAUGAAGUUCCACUUCCUGUGUGACAUCAUCAGAGUUAUGACUCCGUGGUGCACACAGCAAAUUCCUGUGGAAGGAAACUUUGGCAAGCUGUUCGAUCAGCUUGAUGGUUCUGUUGAACAGCUGUCCCGACAGUUCAGCGCCGAACUUGUCCUGCAGGUCAGAAAUGAGCAGCAGCAGCAGGCGGUGCUGGCUGGAGCAGGGAUGGACCAGCAGUUCACUCAGGCUGUAAAAGAAUCCUUCAGGAACCUGACGACACCAGUGGAACAGCUGCUGAAUGUGCUUCAGCUCCUGAUGUCCUGCACCUUCAUCAGCAUCUUCAUGCAGGGCUUCAGUUACCACAGGUGCUACAGGAGGGACAUCCAAUUUGACAACUUCUACAUCACGGCGUACUUUAGACAGAUCGACGCCCGUAGGAGGAACGCGGGGAAGUGUUUCCUGCUGCCUCUGAAAAGAUCUGAGAGAAAGAAGUUUGUCGAUCCGUCCAGCCUGAGAAUUCACCCCGAGGAGCUCAGACAAGUGGUGUCCGGUGGCGUCCAGGUUCUGUCUGUGGCUCUGCUGUGCGUCGUCCUGCUGACCGUCGACUUCUCUUUAUUCCAUGUCCUGGACAUUGUCAGCAGACACACCUUCAGCCAGUUCAACCUGACCAGUAAAUGCACAUCAGAAGCGGCUGCUUUAAAUAUGGCGUCCAUAGGUGGUCACCAGGUGAGCGUCCGGGUCGGUGGAGCCUCCAUGAUGGCUCGGCUGCUGAGAAGAACGGUUUCUGCAUUCAACAGCUCAUCUGGUCUCCACAUCUACACUGAUAACCAGGGCUGCGCGUCUCCCCCGUCCUCCCUCUCUGCAGGGGUGUAUGUGAGCUGUGUGAGCUGCGUCCUGUUGGGGGCGCUGCUGAGUUGCCUUCAGGUUUAUAGCAACCGUCUUCAACGGGUCAUCGCUGCCUUUUACAACCCUCAGAGAGAGAAGAAGCGCAUUGUCUUUCUCUACAACCUGCAGCUCCAGAGACAGAUUGACUCCAGCAGGGAACAGAGACACUCAGUCAACCAAAGACGGACGGUGUUUCCAUGUCUGAGCAGCUGUUGACGGUGUCAGACGGGACACGCUGGCCCUGAGAACACAGCAAAAAGGAGGAGAUCUUCAGCUGUACUUUGUGAUCAAUAAACAUCUGUCUGAGCUGCC